UUGACUCAAACUCUUCUCUGACCUCCCAAAUCCCCCGGUCAGAACAAGACAAACACAACCCUCUGUUUGGUGAGCAAGAAAAGGAGAGAAAAUGAAACCAGAGACGGUGACCCUGAUACUGGUGAACCUGGCGGGGAUUAUGGAAAGGGCAGACGAAUCUCUGUUGCCGGGAGUGUACAAGGAAAUUGGUGCUGCACUCCACGCCGACCCAACUAGGCUAGGCUCACUCACCCUGUUCCGGUCGAUUGUGCAGUCGUUGUGCUAUCCUCUCGCCGCUUACCUCGCCGUCAGUCACAACCGGACCCAUGUCAUAGCCUACGGAGCCUUCCUCUGGGCCGCCGCCACUUUCCUCGUCGGCUUCUCCUCCACCUUCUUCCAGGUGGCAAUGUCAAGAGCCUUGAAUGGAAUUGGACUUGCCAUUGUUGCACCUGCAAUUCAGUCCCUUGUAGCUGACUCAACUGAUGACCACCACCGUGGUAUGGCUUUUGGAUGGCUCCAGCUCACCAGCAACCUCGGAUCCAUCAUUGGUGGAUUUUUUUCUUUAUUGAUAGCUCCAACCACACUUAUGGGCAUUCCUGGUUGGAGAAUUUCCUUUCAUCUCGUUGGAAUAAUCAGUGUCAUAGUUGGUAUUUUAGUUCGGCUCUUUGCCAAUGAUCCACACUUUCCAGAUGGUGGAACUGAAGCUUGCAAUCAAGACCCAAGUAAAUCCUUUGGGUCAAAGGUGAAAGACCUGGUUCAGGAAGCCAAAUCAGUUAUUAAGAUUUCAUCCUUUCAGAUUAUUGUGGCACAAGGUGUCACUGGUUCAUUCCCCUGGUCAGCUUUGGCAUUUGCACCCAUGUGGUUAGAGCUUAGUGGCUUCACUCAUGAGAAAACUGCAUUUCUCAUGGCCGUGUUUGUGAUUGCUGCCUCACUUGGGGGACUUUUUGGGGGUAGGAUGGGGGAUAUUCUAUCGAAGCGGCUUCCAAAUUCUGGCAGGAUAAUGCUAUCACAGAUAAGCUCAUCAUCAGCCAUCCCUCUUGCAGCAAUACUUCUGCUGGCUCUACCUAAUGAUCCAUCCACAUCAGUCAUGCAUGGCUUAGUCUUGUUCGUAAUGGGGUUUUGCAUAUCUUGGAAUGGUCCAGCUACAAACAAUCCAAUUUUUGCAGAGAUUGUGCCUGAGAAAUCCCGAACAAGUAUCUAUGCUCUGGAUCGAUCUUUGGAGUCCACGUUAUCAUCAUUUGCUCCCCCAGUAGUUGGUAUACUGGCCCAGCAUGUUUUUGGAUAUAAACCAGUUCCUGAAGAAUCUGAAGAUAUUUCAACGGACAGAGGGAAUGCUGCUUCAUUGGCCAAAGCACUUUACGUGGCAAUAGGAAUUCCGAUGGCACUCUGUUGUGUAUUCUACGCCUUCCUCUAUUUCACCUACCCAAGAGACAGGGAGCGGGCUAGAAUGGAGGCUUUAAUAGAAUCAGAGAUACAAUUGAUAGAGUCAGAUGAUUUGCCUGUAAGAGGACAAUAUUCCCAAGUUCAGAUUUCUGAUGCAGAGGAGAUAUAUGUUGACAACAGAAGCAUCGUCGAAUUGGAUUACGAGGGAGAGGAUGAUCUUGAUUUUGAUGACGAUGAUGAGAACGUUUCUCUUUAUCGCCAGUUGACUUUCUCCAAUUUGGGUGAAUAGUAAUGCUGAAUAGAAGCUCGCUUUAUCUCGAUAAGGUUGUCUUCAAUAACUGAUACAAAUCAUACAGGAAAAUUCAUUUUUAUAUCUUUUUUAAUGAGAGUCAAAUAUGGUUCAAGAGAACCAAAUUAUUUGAAGAUGUACUUGAACCAGAUUUUCAUCCUUAACUGCCCAGGCACAGGAAAGAAAUGUAAUCUACAAGAUUGAGGGGGCAUUAAAUCAAAGAGCAACUUUUGGUUAUUUUGUACCAA